UCAGACUGUGCCACAGAAGCCCAAAAUGAGAAGUGUGCAGACUCAGUGCAACCUUUUAAAGCCACACACCCUUCUGUCAAAGCCUGAACCCCCAUUAGUCUCCAAUGAGGAGCUUGACCAGUCAUGGACUUCAACAAAUCUGCAGGAAGACUCCCAUGAUUUGUCCUUUAUCCCAUCUGAAUCUGAUCACACUGAAGCCGAGUCUGACUGUGGUCUUGAUGAUGAAAACAUGCAUGAAGGAAGUGGUAGACUGUUUUUAGUAUCGGAGGUUAACCUACUACAGUUAUUCAUGACCUGCUUUAGAUGUUCUUCACCUGCCUUGGGCAACCUGACUCAUGUUAUCGGUACUAUGGUUAAAGUGGAACAGAACUGUGGAGUGUGUGGAUAUAGUUGGAACUGGAUCAGCCAGCCCAUGAUUGGAUCAAUUCCAUCUGGAAAUCUGAAACUGUCUUGUGGAAUUCUGUUUGCUGGAUCAUUACCAUCAAAGUCUUUAAGAAUAUUUGACUUCAUGAAUGUUUCUUCAAUUUCAAAUGACACAUUCUUGAAACACCAAAGACAUUACCUGCAACCUGCUAUUCUGGAUGUUUGGGAAAGCAAUAGAUUCAGGCACAUACAGGAGAUACAAUGUGAUGGGAGGAAGAUCUCUAUUGGUGGUGAUGGGCGUUGUGAUACACCAGGCCAUUCAGCAAAGUUUGGCAGUUAUUCUGUAAUGGAUUUGGAUGACGGAAGGGUCCUUGAUGUACAGCUAGUUCAGAGCAAUGAAGUGAAAUCCAGUUGCCACAUGGAGAAGGAGGGAUUGUCACGGAGUGUUGCCUUUCUACGUAGCCAGGACAUUCAAAUUGACACCAUAGUGACCGAUAGACAUGUCCAAAUAAGAAAGUGGGUGCGUGAAAACAUGGCUGGAACAAAACAUUGUGUAGAUGUGUGGCAUGUUGCAAAAGGUCUCAAAAAAAAACUUGUUGCUAUGGCAAAAGAAAAAGAGUGUGAAGAUCUUCAUAAAUGGAUUAAAAGCAUAUCCAACCAUAUAUACUGGGUGGCAGCCUCAACUCCAAGUGGUGACAAAGAGGUAAUGUGGCAGAAGUGGGCUUCACUUGAAAACCACAUCCAAAACAUACAUGAAGGACAUGGAAGCCAGUUUCCUCGGUGCCUUCAUGCUAAUCUCAAUGAACAAGAAAGGAGGAGGAAAUGGCUCAAACCAGGGUGCAAAAGUAUGGUGAAAUUGGAGAAACUCAUUGGCUCCAGACAGAUGAAGCUUGAUAUUCCAAUGUUAUCAACAGGCCACCAGACAUCAGAGUUGGAGGGGUACCACUCAGUGGUUAACCACUUUGCUCCAAAGAUGCAUGGUUUUUCGUAUAAUGGAAUGAUGUGCCGACUUCUACUUGCUGCACUCCAUUUCAACGAAAAUAGUGGAAGGGAACAAGCUGUCACAAGCCAAGGAGAGCUCUGUUACAAGAUCGUCUUUCCCAAACACAAGAAGGGUGGCUAUACUUUGAGGGAAGUGAAAACAGAGCCAACAUUCAACUAUGUCCAGGAACUGACAGGCAACGUCUUCACGAGGACAGCUGCCUGCAGCAUGACACAAUCACACCACGCAAUGCUUGCACACCCACCACCGCCUUUGUGCAAUUCUUUUGAGAGACCAGUGAAGGAACAGGCUGUGUCCACAUUCCAAUCACGUUUUGGCAAUCAUGAGUAGAGGCGUCACGAUUUACCGCGAUGCACUUGUCACACGAUUAUUUAUGUUCGAUUCACGACAUAUUUUUCCGGAUUUUCAAUAUGUCGCAAUCUGAAUAUUAGUGUAUGCCGCUUCAGCCGAAAUGUCAAAAGUGUGGAAACAAUUCGGGUUUCAAUGUAUCGACUGCUUAUAUAUCUCAUUUUGUUUAUAUUUUAAAAUAAAGGUGCAUCGAAUCGUUGUGUAAAUAUCAAGAUAAGUAUCCAAUCGUAGGUAAAGUGUACGUGACAGCUCUAA